AUCAGACCGGUGGAGAAGCAGUAGGAUCAGCAGUUUCCUGGUAAACCUUCUCCAAAGAGGAUUUCCAGAUGGCACAAGUCAGGAUCGGGCAUUCGCUCAGUGAAGGGGAAAAUAUGUACCGUUCUGUUAGAAAGCUUUCUGUUCAGAAAUGGCUGGUGAAGAACAACAUUCCUUGUUCUUUGAGUAAGGUACCCAACAUCGCUAUACUUGGCUCUGGAGGGGGAGAGCGAGCCAUGGUUGGGAUGCUGGGCUCCCUGUCCAAGAUGGGGGAACAGGGGCUUCUGGACGCUGCCCUCUACAUGAGUGGUGUCUCUGGAUCAACAUGGUGCAUGGCUUCUCUUUAUGAAAAGGCUAAUUGGUCAUCAGACAUGAAGCAGAUAAAGGUUGUUGCGGAAAGACUUGGGCACAGCAGUGUCAGCCUGAAGGACAAAGUUUGGAAACUGAAAAAAUAUCAUCAAACAAAUGACAAUUUCUCACUGACAGAUGUCUGGGCUGCACUGUUAGUGACUACGAUUGUCAAGAAAAUAGACGAAUCGACCCUCUCCAACUACCAAACGUGCCAUGACCAAGAUCCAUAUCCCAUCUAUACAGUCAUCGACCAGGAUUGUAAAUACGAACAUCUGCUACGCGAAACCUUCUUUGAGCUAACCCCCCAUGAGGUGGGGUACACUCUAGCUGGAGCCUUUGUGGAAACCUCCAGUUUUGGAAGUAUCUUCAACAAGGGCGUUCUGACAACGCCAAAACCUGAGAUGGACAUGACAUAUCUUCAAGGUCUUUGUGGAAGUGCUCUUGCUGACGUGGAGGUCAUUCUGACGACAUUGAAGGAAUGGCUUAAAGUUGGGGAAAACAUGAAGACAUUAAAGGACCACAAUGGGGUUCAGCUUCUUUCUACUAUGGUAGACCUUCAGCUCUGCCAGUACACCGGCUGUGACCAUGCUCCUCUGCUUCAGACCGCAAAUGAACUGCUUGAAGGAAAGAUGGGUUUGGAUGGCUCCACGUUGAAACUCAACUUCAAAGGGAAGAACAGCAUAGACCAAAACAAAGAGAUUCACACAGUCACUUCAGCUUUAUGCCACUCCUUUUUUGAUUGGCACAAGGACUUGAAGGAUUCUGAUUUUGAGGAAGUGGAUGUCUUUGUGAAGACCCUUCACAAAGUAAAUGAGAAGCUACCAGCUCACCCACUUAAAGGUGCCAGCAAUGCCUAUAAUGAAGAACUUUUGAAGAAGUUGAACGACAGUGUCAAAAGAGAGGAGUUGCAGAGCCAUGAUGGGCCAAGGUUAAUUCUCCAGGCGUUAAAACUUUACAAUAACAUCAUCAGAGGAGAGGACGAGACUCAUUUGGUGGAUGAUUUGAAUGACCUUCUCAAAGGGAAGAAGAUGGAGAGCGGUAGAGAUUUGAGGAUCAACAAAGAUGAGUGGGUCAAAACAGAUCUGAAGUCCAGGAAGCAAUUGGCACUUGGACUCCAAUUGGACAUUUGCAAAUCUUUCUUCAGCUGGUUUCCAGACUUGAAGAAUGCUAGGUUUUACAUCUCGGAAUUUGUCGAAUGGAUGCUGAAGUCAAUCUAUGCUUGGGGAGCCAAUUAUAAUUUCCUCCAUAAGAUGAACGCUUCAGAUCUUGGCCAAAGGCUUCUGAAGAGGAAAACCACUCACUUUGAGGACGCCGGUUUGCUGGAGAAUUCUCCCUACAUGAGUGCACUGAGAGCUGAGCGAGAAAUAGAUCUGAUCAUCUCCUUUGACUUUAGUGCAGGAAAUCCAAUGGAGACUUUGACGGAAACAGCUAAAGAGUGUAAGAAAUUGGACAUCUCCUUCCCAGCGAUCAACUACACAAAAACGGACAAAGAUUUCUACGUGUUCAAGGGGCUGAAGAAAGCCCCCACUGUGAUCCACAUACCCUUAUUCAACGUUGCAAACUGUGGAAGCGAGUUGGAGGCUUACAGAGACAAGUAUCGCACAUUCCAGGGAGCUUACAGCCCUGAGAUGAUUGAGGAUCUGAUGAAGAAGGCCGGUGAAAACGUAUUAAACAACAAGGAGAAGCUGUUGAGAGAGAUAGCGGGCAUUGUCCAGCAGAAGUGACCAACUUCUGCAUGAAAAAGCUCCAAUGCUUUUGUUGUUUUCUCUAAUUACUUGAAUUGUUAUUCUGGAAAUUGAAAUAUUUUAAAAUAUGCCUUAACAAUGUAAUCAAGAUAGCUACCUAUUGAAUAACGAGACAAUCGUUAUGUCUGUCUACAAUCACCACUUACGCCUCGUUUCCACAUGCGUAUGUUUUUCGUAUCCGUGCUUCCGUAAAUUUACGGAAGGGGUCACUAGUGUUUUACGUACGGACAUGAAUUUAUUUAUGCCAGCCAAAAAGAUUGGGGAACGUAUGAUAAUGGCCGUUUUUAGGAGACUGGUACUUUGGAACAUGAGGAUCGACAUAUACGGAGAUAAAAACAAAACCUACCAGGCUUGGAAAGAGAUCGGCGAGGAGUUCGGCCUGCCAUGUUUUGUGAAAAACAUAGAAACUUUCAUACGGUAUCUCCGUAAAACGACGGCGAAAGUUAUAUUUUUGUAACGUAUAUUACGGACAUACCGGACAGAAAUUUUACUGAGGGGAGGAGUCUCGGAGGAAAAACGGACAUUACGGAGAAUCACAUAGGAAUGAAUGGACUUUCGUUCGGAGACGGUUGGAUCGCAUACGAUAAUGUACGUAUGUGGAAACGAGGCGUUAGGCUAACAAUGCUUUCGGGAAACUGGGCCCAGGAGGACACAGAUUCCCAGAGUCUCCAGCUCAGGGCCAGUCUAGUUUAGAUACUCAAUGCUCCUCUUGGAUUGAUUGAAUUGCAGAUACCGUUUAAGUUAGCUAUAAAUGCAUCAUGUAUCACACUCAUAACAAUCAUUUAGUCCAUACCCAAUUAAUUAAUUAUGCCUACGGUGCCGUGUUCCAAUCCCCAUACUGUCCGUACUUACUAGCCAAAAUUUGAGUACGCAGUACAUUCCAAUUCAGAUCCGGCGAAAAGAAGUAUACUUCAAGGACCCGGAUGCCGUACUCAAAACGGGCUAAUCGUGAAGUGUGGAUCGAAGGACACUCCCCGUACUCAACGGCAGCCAUCUUAGCUACGUAGCGGAAGAGGCGGAGCCAGGCAGCGCCAAAGUCGGCGCAUUUUGUAGUUUUUAUAGUUUUUAUAGCUUUUUAUAGCUGCUAGGCGUAAAGAGUUCACCGUUCAAACUUACUUACGUACUUAGGCCUUUAAGUUCCCAAAGGAACAUAGGCCGUCGACAAAACCCCUCCAUCCUCUCCUGUCUUGGGCCCUCCGCUCCAGUUGAGGCCAGGACAGACCUUCUUUCUUCAUUUCCUGUUCUGUGGUUCUUCUUCAGGUGGUUCUCGGUCUGCGUCUCUUCCUCUUGCCCUGUGGGUACCAGGGUUCACCGUUCAAAGCGGGAUGUUUAUUGCGGGGGAGGAGCCACGGCGGCAGUCGUGAUCGUAAUUUCCGGUUAGUGCACCACGGAGUACUCGAUUUGGAACAGAACUAACAUCUGAAAAACUAACGUAGUAGACAGUGCGGAUAGUAUACUUCCUUUAAGUAUACUCAUGGAAGUACGGGUAUUGGAACACGACAUGCAUAUAAUAUGGAAUGGAGCAGGCACGGAGCAUGGGGGUGGCUUUCGUGAAUGAAGCCCCGAAUCUCACUUCAAAAGCCCCGGAUCUUUUUUAAGGUUUUAAAUUGUCAUUGCCAUCUAGUGGAAAGGACAUGCCACAGCAUGGAUAAUGCUUCGCUACAAAACCAUGGGCCUAUUGUUGGCUAAGCACAGUGGGCAUACCGCUUAAAAAAUAUAAGAAAAAUAUAUAACAAAUAAAUAAAACCAACAAACAAAUAAAAAAUCCAUCUCUGCAAUCCUACUUUGAAUCUACUGAAAGUUAGCAUCUUAAAAUCCUCUUACAUCUCAAAAUCCUCUUACACCAUCAAUAGCACAUGCAGAGAACGCCUCCAUCACCCUAACACAGUGCUGGAGGAGUGGGGGCGUGGCCUCCAUCACCCCGACACGGUGCUGGAGGAGUGGGGGCGUGGCCUCCAUCACCCCGACACGGUGCUGGAGGAGUGGGGGCCUGGCCUCCAUCACCCACACGGCGCUGGAGGAGUGGGGGCGUGGCCUCCAUCACCCACACGGUGCUGGAGGAGUGGGGGCGUGGCCUCCAUCACCCACACGGUGCUGGAGGAGUGGGGGCGUGGCCUCCAUCACCCACACGAUGCUGGAGGAGUGGGGGCGUGGCCCAUGGCCCUAUUAAAGAUUCUUUAAUGGGCAUUCUUUAAUAGGGCCUCCCUCCAGACGGAGGCUGUAGAAGCAGGACCAGGUGUUCCAGCUCCUCCCAACGGCUGCAUCAGAGUCCUUCACACGGGGGAGAAGGAAAAGACGACGAGUUCGAAAGAGCAACUUUUGCACUUCAGGUUCCCCUUAUAAAAGGGUUUAUUGGAAAUAGUGUGAUACUUCAAAACAGUGCUGUGUAUGAAAAUAACAAAAUGAAGUAGUGCUGGGUGACUCCAUCAAGCCUUAAUGAUAUAAUUGUAUAUUAUUUAAUAUACACUCACUCACUCACAAUACCAUUUUAUUUUUACUCAACUUUACCAGGUCUUUUUAGUUUUUGUGAACAUUUGGUCAGCAAGUUUUCCUAACAUGUAUCACCCCCUCCCCAAGUAAUGGGUAGACACAAUCUAAGGAACACUUUUCAAUAUAAUGUACGUCAGAGUGGGACGUUAACUUUCUACCAGUACCAGCCACCCAAAUUAAUGUUCAAAUCCAUCCUGCUCAAUAAUAAAAUACUUUGAAAUAA